AUGGCUAUGGAUGCGUACAAGUCUUGGAACACAUUAGUCUUAUCAAGUAGAAUUCUUCUUUGUUCUCUCUUCUUCUUCUUCUUCUUCUUCUUCUUCACCCUUUACUACCCUCUUCAUGCAACUGCACUGAGCUUUAACCUGACUAAUAUUGGUCAACAUGUAAAUGGAGAGAUAAUUUGGCAGGGAGAUGCUUAUAUCAACCUUGAAGGCAUCCAAGUCACCCCAAAUGAGCGAGGUGCAGACCGAGUGGACAAAGCUGGUCGAGCCAUAUAUAAAGAUCCUCUUCACCUAUGGGACAAAGCUCCUGAAAAAAUGACGGACUUCAACACCUAUUUCAUGUUCGUCAUUGAUUCAGAAGGAAAUUCGUUCUUCGCAGAUGGGCUCACAUUCUUCCUUGUUCCUUAUGGUUCCACUCCCAAUAUGACAGUAGGUGGUUCUCUUGGCCUUCCAAACGUAACCCAGUCAUCAAAUGCGACCAAUCAUUUUGUUGCUGUGGAGUUUGAUACUUUUCAUAAUCCAGAGUUCGAUGUGCUCAAUGAAACUCAUGUAGGUAUCGAUAUCAACUCUCUGAUUUCUAAUGCUACUGAAGUUUGGUACAAUAACAUUACAUUUGGUAUAGAAAAUGAAGCUUGGAUUAGUUAUAAUUCUAGUUCCAAAAAUUUGAGCACUGGUUCUAGAAAUAAUACUAGAAUUGAUAGUGUCCUUAGUUUGCAAGUUGAUUUGAGCUUGUAUUUACCAGAAUGGGUUACAAUUGGCUUCUCAGUUGCAACAGGAAGACUUUUUGAGAAAAAUACUAUCAAAUCAUGGCAAUUCAAUUCGAGUCUGCAAAUCUCGAGAAAAGGCAGCAAAAAGGCACCAAUGGUGGGAUUGAUUGUCGGCUCAUCUGUUUUGAUUUGUGUAUUGACCCCGCUUGGCUUUGUUUUGUGGAAGAAAAGUAGUAGAGCAAAAGAAGAAGAUGAGUUUGCCAUUGAACUAUCUGUGGAAAAUGACUUUGAGGCAGGUACCGGGCCAAAGAAAUUUUCGUAUAGUAAAUUGCUUCGUGCUACAAAUAAAUUUGACAAGGAACAGAAGCUUGAAGAGGGAGGAUUUGGUGAGGUUUAUAGAGGUUUCUUGAAGGAAUCUGACUCCUGUAUUGCUGUGAAGAGGAUAUCAAAGGGAUCAAAACAAGGAAUAAAGGAGUACACAUCAGAAGUGAAGAUCAUUAGUCAAUCGAGGCAUAGAAAUUUGGUGCAACUAAUUGGUUGGUGUCAUGAGAAAAGAGAACUCCUACUUGUUUAUGACUUCAUGGAAAAUGGAAGCUUAGAUUAA